GUCUUUAAGGUACAGGAUCAUGUCAUCUGCAAAUAGGGAUAUUUUGACAGUUUCUUUACCUAUUUGUAUUCCUUUUAUUCCUUCUUCUUGUAUAAUGCUGGAAUCUUGAUAGGAUUGUUGUGGUAGUAUAGAUUUGUGAAAAUACUUAAAACUAACAUUAUACUCUCAGUUACUAGAUGGGGUGAGAUAUGGCCCACAUGCCAAAUCUGUUUGUUUUUGUGAGGGAAGGAUGGUUUUAUAUUUUUCAAGUGGUAUAAACAAAUACUGAAGAAAAGAAAAUGCAACAGACCUUAUAGAUUGCAAAGCUUUAAAAUAAUUGUCAAGCUCUUUACAGAAAAAUCAUUUCAACUUUUGAUACAAACCAUUAAUUGACCUCUUCCCCCUUACUCCUCCAUCCUUAAGAUGACUUCUUUCCUUUUCUAUCAUGUUCUCUUUUGUCUUCAAGAGUCUUCUGACUUGUUGCUCAUUCUUACAGGGCUGAUGUACUUUUUUUCAUGAACUAAUAACCUACAGGACACUUUAUUAUUUAUUUUAAAAUAUGCUCAGGAGGAGACUUAAAUGAAAAGCAGAUGUAGAAUUAAGUUGAGAGUAAAUAUGAGUGUGACAGUUAUUCUGAUACUCAGAUGUUGAGAGAACUAGUUACAAAAUUUCCAUGACGCCUCUCUUGACUAAUUUUAUAAAGAUAUCAUGUCUUUUGGUACCUUUAUCUUCAAAAUUCCCUUGAGUCAUAAAAGUUUGAAUAUUGAGAAUUAAUACAAAAAUCCUUACUUGGAAAAUUAUUCGUUACUCUAAAAAAUUAUUUUUUACAAUGGUACAUAUGUAAACUUUUAUGUAAUUUUGAAACGUCAGUGUAACCUAGGAAUCAUAUGAUAAGGUAUUAUAUUUUUAAUUAUUUUAGCUACAUCAGUGUACAACUUGUUUUUUUUUUUAAUUUGUUAAAUGUUGCCUAUAGCCCAUGAAUUGGCAAACAUUGGUAAUCUUAGUGACCUCGUCAUAUUCUCCAUGUUUUGUGUCAAGGUAUUAGUGAAAAUCAUUUGAGAUCCACAGUUAAGAACCCCAUAUUUUAUUACUUAAUUGCUCUCUAUCUUUUGUUACCUUAAACAAUCUCUAAAUCUUGCCAGAGUGUUGUGUGCUCAUCCCUAACAUGGUAGUAGUAAUACUAUUCGUGUAACUACAUUUUGUGGAGGCUAAAUAUGGCAAAACGUGGAAAUGGUGUUGGCAAAGCAGCAAUGAAUUUGUUAGGAUUAUUUAUCAUUUAUCUACAUUUUGGUUCAUUUCUUAAAAUACCAUAUGUCAUCAUUCCACAAAAGGCUAAAAAGCAAAAAAGAUGAGGUUGCUUUUUAAUUUACAUUUUUUCACUUAUUCCUAAUAUGGAUGUCUUACAAAGAGGAGGGGACAUAAGAUUUCUAUAAUGCAUGUAACCAAGUAAAUGACUAUACUAGUUAGCAAUUGUGUAUAAUAAUCCUUUCUAAAACUUAGUGGUAUAAAGUGAAAAACAUUUGUUAUAUCUCAUUGAUCUUUCUGUUGGCUGUGGGGAAGGAGAGAUUUUAAGUAGGCUGGGCUUAUCUGGCCUGAUAGGCACCUGUGUCAACAGUCACCUGUGGGUGGUCAGCUCAAGUGACCUAGCUGUCCCUCAUAUUUCUUGCACCCCUCUAGCAAUCCAGCCAAAGCUUGUUCUUUUGGCAACAGCGCAGAGUCCAAGAGCUCCUCUCUGUCAAGUUGCUACUAUACCAUUUAUCAAAGCAAGUAGUAUGGCCAAGGCUAGUAGCAUCAGUGUGGUAGGGCAGUACCAAAUGUAGAUAAAGGAAUUGUAGACAGUUGUGGACACUAUUGCAGUCCAGCAACUACAGUGAUCCUAGAGGUAGAGGAAAGCCUUCCCAAGUGGGAACCUGAUUGAAGCCUGGCAUGUGAGUCAUGGUGGUCCAGUGUCAUGCAGAUGCCUUUGGUAAUUUCAGUUCCAGCACCUUCCUUCCUGUUCCCCAUGACAGCCACACCAUCAGACUGCUUCACAAGAAAUAGCCCACUCCCAAAUAUGCACCUCUUGUGUUUGAAAUAAUACAAAGAGUAUUGUUUCCAAGACAACUUUGAUGAAAUGUCAGCUUUCUCUAGAUUUAAACCCACAUGAGAAGCAUUGUUGUCCCUGUUCCUGCUGGGUAAUUUGUAUACAGCCAUAGUUUGUUUGGAAACAUGCCUGUUGUUCUUUAAAAUAUGCUUAAUGCUAGAUUAGAGAACAGUUUUUUUUUUUUCCUGUUUAUGCAAGCUCAUUUCUGAAGCAUUUAAAAUAAAGAACUUGGGCAUGUUUGGUAUUUAAAAGCCCUUCACAUGAUGUUUUUAAAACAGAUCAAUUUCAGCAUUAAAAUGUUAGGAAUUCAGCCAAGGAAAAUUCAACUUGGAUUGUAUAGCUGUAAUGAUAAUAUAUUAUAACCAUCUUCUUUGAACAUGAUUGUAGCAGCAAAGUUAAACCUGGUGAAUUACAUAAUUUAAGAGUGUUCACCAGGCCACUGUUGUAGGGGGAUUAUUCAAGCCUUUCCUAAACCAAAGCAAAAUGAAAGAUGAAUUUUAUUGUGAGGUACUUAAAUCACAAGAAUAGUCAUCACAGAAUAUCUAAAGAUAGCUCAUUUGAAUUGAACAAAAGGUCAUAUCUGAAUAUCAGUUAUCACACUUAAUUGGUUUAAAGAAUAUUGGGAUAUAAGAGCGCAUGAUAUCUGUACUUUUUAGCUACUUUGUCUUAAGUUUAUUUAUUACCUAAAAAGUACUGUCAAAUCAGAAGUAACUCUAUGAUUGAGACUUCAUUGAUUUCAGAAAUGAGGAACUCCCCAAUAAUUAGAAAAACAUAUAUCAAUCACAUCAUUUGGGUAUAUCAUUAAAAAAUUUUAAAGAAAAAGUCAAUGUAUUCUUGUCUUAUCGUCAACCCAAUAGCCCUGUAUCUCAAGGAUAGGGAAUUUCCCCUCCCAACCCCACCUCAGGACCUGUUGCAUCCUGUCUGCUACUGUGCUCAAUCGUUGACAGUCAAUGAGUCAGAGAGUGUUUAGUAGAGUUAAGUUCAUAAUUUUGCAGUAUAAAUUUUGUUUCUUUAGAGAAGUGCUACAAGUUGAGUUCACUUAGUACUUCCAAAGGGAGGAGACACAAGGCAAGAUUCCAAAAGAAAUGAGAAGGACUAUGGGGAACCUUUCCAAAUAAGCCGGUGCCUCUAUCUUAUCACUGAGGCUAAACGUGGAUGUGGUAAGAAAGUUGGCUACAAGGCUGAGACACUUGAGUGACAUUUGUCACCCUUACUGGAUGGGGUCUGCACAUAUUCUGAGAGGGAAUGUUUUUCUAGGUGUAUUCUUUGUGGUCAAGUACACACACUUAAUGGCUGAUUACCAAAACUUUGAAUGAACCAGUUUCUGAAUGUUACUAAAAUAUUUAUGUUAGCUCCUGUGGUUGUUUAGAUUGUCCCUCAAAAUGAUGUUUCUUUAAAAAAAAAAUAGCCCUUAAAAUUAGAGUGUUGUGUUCUAGUGUCAUUCCUUUGUAACCUUGUAUGACUUACUUCAUCCCAGGAUUCAGGUUUUCUUCUACAUCACACAAGGGGGUGAUGUAGAAGACAAGUGCUUCUCCUACUUCUAGUGAACAUGUAAAAGCAGGUUGUGAUUUAGUGGGUUUGAGGGGAUAAAGCUGAAAGUCUGCAUUUCUAACAAUUUCUCAGAAGAUACUGACAACUGCUGGAUGGUGGACCACACUCCUUCCUGAGUUGCAAGGGACUGGAUUUGAUUUCUCUAUUCCCUUCCAGCUCAACAUGAGAACUUUCUUGCCUCAAUCAGUGGAACUUUGAACUUCAUGUUGACAAGACUCACCCUGGUGGUCUUCACAUUCCAGUAUUCCCAUCAUCUCCUCACACUGUGUACCAAAGGAAAGGACAGAGUAGUACAUUUGGGGCCAUCUGACAGUGCUUGAAAAGACCUGCUUGCUGUUUAUAGUUCUUGUUUUAUAGCUUGGCCCAUUUUUUUUGCUUUUGUUUUUUCAGGCUGAAACUAAACGUAAUACCUAACACAUAAUUGGAAUUACCUUUCAAGUUGAGUAGCUAUUUGCCUUGCUUUUCACCCGUUCCUUCAUCUCCCAAUAAUGGUAGAUUUGUAGCCAUUUACAUAACUGAUUAAAUGUCUCAAUUCUUUUGUUUUAUGUGGUAUUCUUGGCCACUUAAUUACACUACAUUAAAUGGUAUGCUGUUGCUGUCAGUAUGGAUUGCAGUGUGGAUAGUAUCUUUGGAUUAUUUUGAAAAAUGUUUCUAUCCUACAGUUUGAGUUUGUAAACAGAAUUGCUGAGCAUGCAUGAAUGUGUUUUGAGAAAUUAUUUCUUUAUUACUGUUUAGUUGAAAUGAUGGUGACAAUAAACAUCAAGACUUUGAUGUUUUAUACUGCAUUCUUCCCCACUAAUUAACUUCAUUAGUGCAGUUAAUUAGUGGGAAGAAUACCGUAUAAAAACAUCAAAGUCUUGAUGUUUAAUCACAACUUAAAAAGAAGUUUUAUACUCUUCGAUUGCCAAACACAUUUCAAUUAGUUGAAAGAAGGUCAGAAUUUCUGUUUCCCUUUCCUCCCCCUACCCCUGUCUUCAAAGCUUUUCCAGACUUUUCUAUUUGUUAUUUGAUACUUGAGCCUGAGUGUUAAUCUAGAUAAGCUGACAGUGGCAUGUUUAGGACAUAAUAUCUUCCCAUAAGCUAUAUAUCAGUAUAAUUGAGAGACUCAGUUUUUGCAAAAGACAGUAAUGACUUCUCCUUUAAUGUACUAAUGGAAAAUAAGGGCAGUUGACAGGGUUGUCUGUUGCUACAGAAUACCUGAGGCUGGGCAUCUUAAAUAGAAAAGAGAUUUGUUUGGCUUACAUUUUGGAGACUGAAAGUCCAAGCCAGAGUGGAUGUAUUUGCUGGCGUCAGGUGAGGCCUCAUGGUGUAUGGCAUCAAAAUGGCUGGAGUUUAGGUAAAAGAAAUCACAUGGUGAGACAGGAAGCCUUAAGGUUUCAGAGACCAGAGUUGGCUCUUUUUAUAACAACUCACUAACAAAAGACCUACAGUAAUCCCUUGGGAGGCAGCCCCCUUCAUGGCCUAAUUACCUUGCACUAGGUCUUAUAUCUUAAAUGUACCACCACCUUUGACACACUGUGGACCAAGCUUCUAGUGUAAGAUCCUUUAGGAGACACACUCAAACCAUAUCCAAACCACAGCAUGGGUAUUUCUUUUUCUCUUGUAUGCUCUGAUUUUAUUAGAGCCAUUCAUUUUUCUGUGUGUUAUUGUAUAUUGCUACUGUAAGCCACAUCUCUAAUUUCUAGUAGCUUUAUUUCCUUAAUGAAUUAAGGAACUAUGUAUUUAAAGGCAUGGGGUGUGAGGGUUCUGCAAAGUUGAUUAUAAGAAUUCUUAAAUGACCAAUAGUUUAGCAAGAAGAAGAGCAAGAACUCUUUUUCUCAGGUCAUUUCCCUGUGGUAUGUGUUCCAUUAAUUUUUUUUUUAAUUGAGCAGGGUUUACAAUAGCAAUAAUGUAAUUCAGAUAAGCAAUUAUUGUAAUUGACCUUGGCUAUGAGUGUUGUUGGCUUUUACCACAGUUUGCUUAAAUCCUAAGGAUACCCAAUUAUCUCAUAAUACCCACUUUAUUGAGAUUGUUUUAAUUAUCACACUCAAAAUACAUCACUUUGUCAGCAUUUGUAGAGUCAUGCAUGGGAACACCGCAUUUUAACAACACAUUAACAAAUGUGUAAAAUGUCUAGCCUCAUCUCAGAACAAGGUUGUGAUUGAGUGUUUUGUCUCUCUCUCCCAACUCCAAACUAUGAUUUUGAAAUGUUUUUUUCUUACCAGUUGUUCAUCAUGACAUGAUCAAUUACAGGGAGAUAAAAAGUCUGGGAUCUACCGCUGAGCUAAUUGUGCUCCUGGAAAGAUCUCUAAGGUAAUUUGCUGUUAAUAAGUAAGCAGGUCUAGUUGAUUAGGGUUUCUAAUAGACAGCAAUCACAGUGGCUUGUUGAUCAUCUGAAUAUGCCAAAGGUCAGAGGUUGUCAACUUUAGAAUCACCUGGGAGCUUUAAAAAUGACCAAUACCCAGGCCCUUGCUCAGGCUCACGUCCUCUGGAGAGAGUCUGAUUUAAUUGUUCUGGGGCUUUAUUCCUCCCAACCCCUUUUAAAAGUUCACAGAUAAUCCUGAUGUGAAAUCAUGGCUGUGAACCACUACCCAGAUCUUGAAUUGUUUGUUCCUUGCUGAUUUCUCUCAUCGUAGCUAUGACUCCAUUCCAGAUGGUAAAGUACUUUUUGGGGGAUCUUUGCUGCUCUGUACUUUACUUUUCAUUCUGUUUCCUCCAAGACAGCCCACCUGCUUCAUGCAUGAAGUAGCCCCAUUCCAGGGUUGGGACCUGGAACUGCUUACUCCCUUCUUUCCAAGUGGUUCCAGAUUUGCCUCACCCUUAGGAAGUCUUGGUGGAUAAAUUAUUCUUUCAUAAUCCUGUGAGCACCAUUUCUUACUAACAUCUCAUUGUGUUCUUACAAUUCAGUUUUCUUUCAAGUCACAUAAAUAUAUCAUUCUUUCCCUUUUUCUAAGGGUUUUUUUUUGUGAUUAAAGAUCAGCAUUUAUACGUUAGCAUCUAAAAUACCUGGUUUACUUGUGAAAAUUUAGUUCUGCUUGAUUGAAUAAAUGUAGUUACAAACCUCCCACUUUUUCCUUUUGUGAUAAGAUAGAGGAUGCUAUUCAUGUGCAUUAUGCAGUCCUAUGAGUCCAUUAAGGUUUAGAAUAUUCUCAUGGGAUACCUAAGAUUCCUGCCCCUUUUAAAUUAAGAGUCUGUAUCAGAUUGCAGGUGCAUGGAGGUGACAUUAUUGCUGACAAACUUGAUUCCAACUUUUUACACACAUACCCACCUCUGUUAGGAGUGAGUCACUCAGUUAUACCUGUAGCAUUUUUCUCAGAUUCACCCUCUACUACCUUUCUCCAUCACUCUUCCAGUCUAAGCCACCAUUAUCUUCCUCUGAAUUGCAGGGGCUCCUGACUGAUCCCCUGUUUCCCCUCCAAGAUGCCAAAGUGAUAAAAGCUCAUCUUUCAUGAUGUGAUUCAGAAUAUUUCUGUUUUAAUUCAACAUACAUACAAAGUUGUAUAUUAUGCAUGAACUUUUUGUUAUUUACUUUAAUUACAAAAGUUGAAAGUAAACAGGUACAAUCUUUUCUGUUCUUAGAGGAUUUAAAAUUCUUAUGCUAAUUCUAACCUUCCUCUAACCAUGUAGGACAUUUUAAAAAUCUCUGACUAGUUUUUAAAACAGUUGCCCUUCAGUGACACUUACAGUAAAACACAGACCUUAUUAUGGCCUGAUAGGCCUAAAUAAUUUGGACCUCCUGGGUCCCACUCCUCUCUGUGUUGUUGUCCCUCUGAUGCUCUUCUACCCUGGUCCCUUCAUGCCCAGUGCCCAGCCCUCCCAUGCACCUCCUGUCAUCCUUCUCCCUUUUCCUUGCAGGUACAUGUGCUGUUCUAUCUAGAUCAGACCUGUCCUGUUGUGGUUGGCUCUAACCUUUGCUUAGGUGUUAGCCAGAAUGUCAUCUUUUGGGAGAGGCCUUCCCUGACCACCCUGCCACUAGUUAGUCUCCGUUUUAGCCUCUGUUUUAUAGCAUACUGUAUUUGCGCUUAUUUUUUAUUAAUUUUAUCAAUAACUUUUUUUUUUGUCACCUAACUAGAACUAGUACUCUGUAAGACCAGGUUCUUCAUCUUCCCUUUUUGUUGUAUUCUUACUGCCUUAGGGCCUAGCAGAGUGCCUGGCACAUAGUAGGGAACUCAAUAUAGUAACCCAUGUGCUAUGUUAGUUAACAAGGAAUUAAUUACAUGUUGAAGCCUCCCUAGCCCCUGCCAUUAGACUUGAUUCCUCAUUUCAGAGUCAUUUGUCAAAUUCCAGUAGAGUUUGGGAUGCAGGUCUAGUCUGCACUUAACUCAAGGUUAUCCUAGAAAGCACAUUUGACAUGGAUCUUAAAAAUUGGAGAGGGAAUUUCUUUAGGGAACCAAGCCAAGAGGGCAGAUAGAGGUCCAUACUUAACAACACACUCUCUAAAAUUAUUCCAUAUGAAGUAGGAGCUUUCUCUCUCCAUGUAUAGCACACAUGUGUACGCUUGUCUCAUCGCAGGAGAGCCCUCAGCUAAUAGCAGCCAAUCUUCUUUCGUCUUGCAAGUCUUAUGGUUUGUAAGCAGCCAGGGAGCGGUCUUAAGGUUUGAGGAAGUAGGUAGUACUCUCUUUCCAAUGAAGGCUGAGCGCACACAAUCACAGCAGUUCUCUGGGCUUCCAACUGUGCAGAUAGGGUUGCUGGCCAAGGCUUGGCCAUUACCUUUUAGGGAAAGUUCUAUAAACAAGUAUGAAAGGAAUAUAGUUAUUUCAAUUAAUUGUCAUUGACUGCCUUAGUCCUUUUGGGUUCCUAUAACAAAAUACCGUAAACUGGAUAGGUUAAGCAGCAGAAAUUUAUUUCUCAUAGUUUGAGAGGCUGGGAAGUUCAUGAUCAAGGUGCAUCCCUUAUGUGUCUAAUGAGGGCCCAUUUCCUGUAUCAUAGAUCGCACCUUUUAGUUGUGUUCCUCCUGUUAGUGGAAAAGGUGCAUGAGCUUUUUAGGGUCUCUUUUAUAAGCACACUAAUUUCAUUCAUGAAGGUCCUACUUUUGACCUGAAUAUAUCCCACAGGCUCCACAUCUAAAUACUAGCAUUGGGGUUUAGGGUUUAACAUAGUAAUUGUGGUGACAUACAAUCAUUCAGACUGUAACAGGAGUGAUCCUGUAGGGCAAAUAUCCUUAUUUCCACAUGACAGUUGAGGCCUGAACAGGUUAAUUUGCCCAGAGUCACAUAGCUGAUACAUCCUAGAGCUAAGAAUUGAAACCAGAACUCUCUCACUCUAAAGUAUAUGCUCAUUCCAUUCCUUCUUCCUUCCUUCUAGAGUCCACGCAGUAUAAAACUGGUGCCUUAUUUCCUGUUAAGUCCCCAUGUCUAUCACACUGCCAACAUAGAGUAACUAUUCACUUCAAUUUGUAGGAUAUGACUGCCAUCACACCACAAAUCUGCUUACAGAGUCAUUGUUAACUCUUCACAGAGGAUCAAACCUCAUUUUCCUAUCUACUAAGCUCUUCGGUGUCCCCAUCAGCCAGUUUCCGAGGGGCUGAGAAGCACAGAAACUCCACUGACUACUCCUCGGAGAGCAAAAAGCAGAAAACAGAAGAAAAGGAAAUCACAGCUCGCUAUGACAGUGAUGGUGAGAAGAGUGAUGACAACUUAGUGGUUGAUGUUUCCAAUGAGGAUCCGUCUUCCCCCCGAGGAAGCCCAGCACAUUCUCCACGGGAGAAUGGCCUGGACAAGACACGUCUGCUCAAGAAAGAUGCCCCCAUCAGCCCCGCCUCCAUUGCAUCUUCCAGCAGUACUCCUUCCUCCAAAUCCAAAGAACUUAGCCUUAAUGAAAAAUCUACUACCCCUGUUUCGAAGUCCAGUACCCCUACUCCUCGAACUGAUGCGCCCACCCCAGGCAGUAACUCCACUCCAGGAUUGAGGCCUGUUCCUGGAAAACCACCAGGAGUGGACCCCUUGGCAUCCAGCCUAAGGACCCCCAUGGCUGUACCUUGUCCAUAUCCGACCCCAUUUGGGAUCGUACCCCAUGCUGCGAUGAAUGGGGAGCUGACGAGUCCUGGAGCUGCCUAUGCUGGACUGCACAAUAUCUCCCCACAGAUGAGUGCAGCCGCCGCUGCCGCCGCUGCUGCCUACGGACGAUCACCAGUGGUGGGAUUUGACCCACAUCAUCAUAUGCGUGUGCCAGCAAUACCUCCAAACCUGACGGGCAUUCCAGGAGGAAAACCAGCAUACUCCUUCCAUGUUAGUGCAGACGGCCAGAUGCAACCUGUCCCCUUUCCGCCUGACGCCCUCAUUGGACCUGGAAUCCCCCGACAUGCUCGCCAGAUCAACACCCUCAACCAUGGGGAGGUGGUGUGUGCAGUGACCAUCAGCAACCCCACCAGACACGUGUACACGGGUGGCAAGGGCUGCGUCAAGGUCUGGGACAUCAGCCACCCUGGCAACAAGAGCCCGGUCUCUCAGCUAGACUGUCUGAACAGGGAUAACUACAUCCGUUCCUGCAGAUUGCUCCCUGAUGGUCGCACCCUAAUUGUUGGAGGGGAAGCCAGUACUCUGUCCAUUUGGGACCUGGCGGCUCCAACCCCACGCAUCAAGGCAGAGUUGACAUCCUCAGCCCCUGCCUGCUACGCCUUGGCCAUCAGCCCUGACUCCAAAGUCUGCUUCUCGUGCUGCAGCGAUGGCAAUAUUGCUGUGUGGGACCUGCACAACCAGACCUUGGUUAGGCAAUUCCAGGGCCACACAGAUGGAGCCAGCUGUAUUGACAUUUCUAAUGAUGGCACCAAGCUCUGGACAGGAGGUUUGGACAACACGGUCAGGUCUUGGGACCUGCGCGAAGGGCGGCAGCUGCAGCAGCAUGACUUCACCUCACAGAUAUUUUCUCUGGGCUACUGCCCUACUGGAGAGUGGCUUGCAGUGGGGAUGGAGAACAGUAAUGUGGAAGUGUUGCAUGUCACCAAGCCAGACAAAUACCAGUUGCAUCUUCAUGAGAGCUGUGUGCUGUCACUCAAGUUUGCCCACUGUGGCAAAUGGUUUGUAAGUACUGGAAAGGACAACCUUCUGAAUGCCUGGAGGACACCUUAUGGAGCCAGUAUAUUCCAGUCCAAAGAAUCCUCAUCGGUGCUUAGCUGUGACAUCUCUGUGGAUGACAAAUACAUUGUCACUGGCUCUGGGGAUAAGAAGGCCACGGUUUAUGAAGUUAUUUAUUAGGGACAAAUCUUCAUGCAAACUGGACUCCUUCUCCUUGUAGCACUUUGCGAUGUCAUUCUUUUUUGUUCACCCCUCCCCUUACAUCUAAAACCAAGGAUUUCAAAUACUUACUGCAGUUGUGGAGUUUAAUCCCUUUUCUUAACCCUUCUUCCUCCUUGCUAUUAAUUGUGAAUACUCAUUUAAGAACCUGUGAUACCAAAUCUUCAGCUCUCUACUUGGAAGAACAUGGAGUAAGCAUACUUAACAGUGAACGAGUCUUUAAUUCUGUAUUAUAUCUGUAAUAUAUUUAUUUUGUUUAAAGAAGGCUUUCUAACAAUGACUGACUAAAUAAAGCUGUCUGCUCCUGCAUUGAUAAUGAAGGUGCAUUGUAUUUGAUACCCUCCCCCCUUUUUUGGGAAAGGAAGGCUUAAAAAUUGAUUAAAAAUGUCACUAAAUGUAGACUAUUGACUGUAUAGAGAUGUGAAAUGUAUAAUUACACAUGGAAGCAAUAUGUUGCUGUGUUGUUACUAGGUUUUUUUGUUUUUGUCUUCUACUCAUUUUAAAUAUGUUUGGAAAUUUGACUGAACAAUUAGAACCUGACUGGCCAAGUCUUAUUCAGUUGAGUCUAUUUGGACAAUUUAACCAAUAUAUCUAUAGCUUUAGAUUAUAUUCGAUAAAAGUACUUGGACUUUUCUUUUUUCUUUUUUUGACUUGUCGACAAGUGUCUUUGUAAUAUGUUUUUAAUUCCCUUUUUUAUUGUAUUAUAGACAGAUGAACAAAUUAAAUUGGGCCUCAAAGAGAGAACUUAAUCCCUUCUGGAUAUUUUUGCCACAUUUCUUUGCAAAGGGAGAUGUAUAUCUUUAGGCAGUUUUGUUGUUGUGAGAAAUUAUGCGCUAUUUUGUGUCAUGCUCUUUGGGAGCUGCACAGAUAAGGGAAGGACUCCUACUGCUGUGCAAGUCAAGUCUUUCACAAAACAAGGACAGCAGAGGAGGGUUUGCAAAGACCUCCCUCUGAAAGACACAAAGAAUGGAGACUCUCCUGGGAUGAGGACUUGCUUUCUUUACCUCCAGUUCCUUCCAUGUCUUAGUUGGAUGUCCCUGAAAUGGACACAGGCUGUGCCAUUGUGCCAGAAACAUUGUGUUAUCUUUUAUGUUGUUGUUGUUGCUGUUAAACUAUAAUAUGUGACUCCUUUUUUAUUAUUUUUUGUUUGAAUGCUUUAAAAAAAUCUUUUAAGUCUGUGGAUCUGCUGAUGUACAGUGCCUUUGCUGCUAUGGAUCAAAAUCAAAAGAACCGUGUAGAUAAACUUUAUUGUAUAAGUAGAAAAUUACUUAAUUUCAUACUAGAAAUGGAUGGAUGCUGCAAGUUGAAAUGGACUAUCCAUUGACGUUCCUAAUGUGGUAGCAGAAAAAAAAAUGGUGUCUUAAGUGCUUAGUGUUUGAUGUCAUUAACAGUUUCGUAAAAACUCUACAGUGUAGAAAGAUUUUGAUACUAAACUGUGCAUUGUACAUAGUUCUAAUGCAUUGUAUUGACCACCAGUACUUCUAUUAUGGUAGAUUGUUUGUGCAUUCAGACUUUUAAGCAUUAAACAUAAAUAACUUCUAG